UCACACUAUGAUCAAGAUCCAUCACUCCCAUCUAUCCAAAAUUCCAUUUCAUUUUCCAAGACCACACAGCUAAUCCUGAUUUCUGACUCUGAUUUGAUUCCUCGUAUCAUUCUCAACACACUCCCGCUCUUGAUUCUUGCACUUGAUUCCCUUGUCUAUUUCCCUCUUAUCCACCCCAACACUACAAACUCAAAUUCCUUUUCUAAACAUGGCAGAUCAGUUCUUCUCCAAGUAUCCAUACGCAACGAUCCUACUCAAUUUGAGCUUCAUUUUCCUCGUUUCUUGCCUGCUCACAGCCCAUUUCUGGACUGACCCUAAUCCGACAUCAGAUCAUUACAAGACAGCUGAUACAGAAACAGGUUGUAAAGGGAUUCAAAUGUUAGAAAUCAGGCAAGAAAAAUGCUCCUAUGUGAAAUCCCACGAAGGCUGCAAGACAAGAGGUUAUAUUCCCUAUCUCCACCUCUUCUACUGCACAUUCAGCCCUGUUCUUGGAUACGUUUCACUAUCCCUUUGGCUCAUACUGCUCUUCUACUUAUUAGCUGAUACAGCGAGCAACUACUUCUGCCAUUCCCUCGUCGGCCUGUCGAAGAUUCUCAAACUCUCCCCUGGGAAAUGGAGCACCCGAUGUGUUUGCAAGUAUAAUUUCUUUUACGGGAGAGGGAACUGCAGAUAUCGGCCUGAACAGCGUUCUAGGCGGUGCGUUCUUCGUGUCGUGCGUUGUCACUGGGAUCAUAGGCGUUUCUGUCGGAAACGAUGGUGCAAGAAUCAGCAGGCGUGGUUUCACAAUCCAUGUUGGCGUUCUACUAUUGUCCCUUGCUUGCCUAAUCUUGAUCAUCGCUGUUGGAGAACUUAGUCUGUGCGCUGCUCUGUCUUUCCUUUCUCUCUACUUCAUAUACGCCUUGCUCGUUUUCGCAUGUUCUGAAGAGAAAGAGAAUGAAAACGGAUUGCAGGACGUAGAGGCGCCACUAUGCUGUUAUAUAGAUAACGAAGGCCAUGAUGGGGACGAUACGGCCGGACGUCUGCCGAAGGACGGAAAGAACGGUGGAGUUGUGAGCAAAAUCUUGUGCAUUUUAGAGUUGCCACUUUACGUGCCAAGAAGGCUGACUAUUCCACUUGUUUCCGAGGAUAAAUGGUCUAAACCAUUUGCAGUUUCAUCAGUGACCUUGGCUCCUAUUGCAUUGGUUCUAACAUGGAAUUCCAACAGCACAAAAUUGCGAGCUCUUGAGAUUGGUGGAUCAGUUGGGAUUGUAUGUGGGAUUCUUGCAUUUCGCACAAUUCAGAGCUCUAAUCCACCAAGAAAAUGUAUAAUCUUUUGGCUGGCUGAGGGGUUUAUAAUGAGUGUGACUUGGGCUUACAUCUUGGCCCAAGAAUUGAUUUCUCUGCUGGUUUCAUUGGGCUAUAUUCUUGGAAUAGAUGAAUCCUUGCUGGGCCUGACAGUUCUUGCAUGGGGGAAUUCAGUAGGUGACUUGGUUGCAAAUGUUACCAUGGCCCAGAAAGGUGGGACGGAAGGGGCCCAAAUUGCUGUUUCUGGGUCCUAUGCAGGGCCCAUAUUCAAUACUGUUGUGGGCUUGGGCUUGUCAUUAAGUUUCUCAGCUUGGAGCAAUUAUCCAGCUUCAUAUGCACUGUUUGUGGACCAAUCUGUUUUUGUUACAGUUGGGUUUUUCAUGGUGGGCUUAAUUUGGGCCUUUGUCAUGCUUACAAAGAGAAAGAUGGUGGUUGAUAAGUAUUUGGGAAGUGGGCUUUUGGUCAUAUACUUGUGCUUUUUGUCUUUACAAAUAGCAAGGCUUUUAGGCCUUGUGGAAAUUCUUGUGCCCAAUUUAUAAUUUGCUCACAGCUGAUUUCCAUGCUAGUUUGCACAUUCAGACAUCUUAUGCAAAUGUUGGAUGAUUG